AUGCCUGGCGACAGAGAGGACGAGAUUUGUCAAAAAGCACUAGAACUACUGUCUGAUCUGUGCUCUAAGGGGGAAGUACAGAACGAGAACUGUCUGGAUUUCAUUUACCAUUUCCGGGACCUCGCCAGACCACGCUACACAGACUCAGAUGUGUCGGUGAGCCUGCUGUCCCUGGUGGUGACAGCCUGUGGCCUGGCCCUGUUCGGGGUCUCAAUCUUCGUCUCCUGGAAGCUCUGCUGGAUCCCAUGGAGGGAGCGUGGCCUCUCCCCCAGCAUCAAGGAGCCCACCCAUGGGCACCACGAUUCCCCCAUGGCACCUUUGCAACCCUACGUCCCAGCCAGGGAGCCAGUCUAUACGGCCGUCGACCCCCCCGUCCCUGCCCUCGACCGCCCGGCAAUCAUCCCCAUCCCAGAGGCAGCCAUGAAGAUUAGCCACACGUCUCCAGACAUCCCCCUGGAGUCCCAGAGUAAAGGCCGCGAGAACGGGGUCCACACCAACCCUCGUACGCAGAGGCAGACCACUGAGCCUUCACCCUCCGUCCGGUCUGACUCUAUCCGUAGAUUAUCCGUAAACAGGUCCAACCCGGACUUUAACGUGGCCCAGUUCCAGAGACAGGACUCUCUGACUGGGAUGGGCCUGGGUCUGGGCCGUCUCAAACCAGAGCUUUACAAGCAGCGCUCCCUGGAAGGGGAUGAGGGGGGCCGGCGGGGCGGAGGCUGUGGACGCCUACACUUCAUUCUCAAGUUCGACUGUGACCUGGAGCAACUAAUCGUCAAGAUCCACAAGGCGCAGGAUCUCCCCGCCAAGGACUUAUUGGGGACCUCGGACCCAUACGUCAAGAUCUACCUACUACCGGACCGGCAGACCAAGCACCAGACCAAGGUUCACCGCAAGACGCUCAACCCUGUGUUCGAUGAGGUAUUCCUGUUCCCCGUGGAGUACGCUGAGCUGCCGAUGCGCAAGCUGCACUUCAGUGUCUACGACUUUGAUCGCUUCUCGCGCCACGAUAUCAUCGGCCAGGUGGUGGUGGACAACUUCCUGGAUCUGGUGGACUUCCCUGCAGAGACAAAGCUUUGCCGGGACAUCCAGUACGUCUCCACGGAUAAUGUGGAUCUGGGAGACCUGAUGUUCUCUCUGUGCUACCUGCCCACCGCCGGCAGACUGACCAUCACCAUGAUCAAGGCCAGGAACCUUAAGGCCAUGGACAUCACUGGGGCAUCAGACCCGUAUGUGAAGGUCUCUCUAAUGUGUGACGGUCGGAGAUUAAAGAAGAGGAAGACCUCCACUAAGAGGAACACUCUGAACCCUGUCUACAAUGAAGCCAUAGUCUUUGAUGUCCCCCCAGAGAAUAUUGACCAGAUCGGCCUUAUGAUCGCCGUCAUGGACUAUGACCGUGUAGGCCAUAAUGAGGUCAUCGGGGUGUGUAAAGUGGGCAACGAUGCAGAGCACCUGGGCCGAGACCACUGGAGCGAAAUGCUGUCGUACCCACGAAAACCCAUCGCCCACUGGCACCCGCUCAUAGAGUACCAAGGCACCACAGGCGGGAGCCAGGCAGGGUCCUGUAAUUCCCUGAAGACUCCUCCGUCUCCAUAA